UUUAGUUUCCCUCAGUAUGAGAAUUCAUCACAGUAUGAAAAGUAAUAUUGUUCUCUAAAAAUAUAACGUGAAAUGCAUCGCAAACAAAGAAUGAAAGAGAGGACUUCGUUUAUGUUCAUACACAUUUUUGCGUUCACCGUAAUCAACGGUGAAAAUGUCUCAACACCGAGCAUAUCUCCCAGUGGUACUGUGGAUAUUGUACAAGGGAUGAACCUUACUCUGAAUUGUACAUACCAGACAAACAAAACUGUUCACCAGUUAAUUGCAUGGAACCAACUUAAGCAAAAUGGAACUAGUUUUGCAUCCCACUUGUCUAUAUACGAUGCUCCGGGAUCCACAUGUGCAUAUUUUGAUGGUAACGUGAGUAAGUAUGGUUACUCAUGUCCAGCGGAUAACCAAUUCAAUAUAAUAAUAUACAAUGUGCAAAGAAUUUCCAGUCAAGGCUCGACAUGGAUGUGUUCACAUCAAGUAGGGUCGUUUCCAAACGUGUUUAGUACGACUGUGAUUCUCAAUGUUCAAGUACCCGUCCGUUCAGUGACACUUUCACCUGACCUUGGAAAUCUAUCGGUGAUAGAAGGAAGAGGCAGACAGUUCGAAUGCAAGACUUCGCCGGGCGAACCUGCGCCCAGAGUCCAAUGGUUCAAGUUCAGUGACACAAAUGCAACUAAUAUCAAUAUAACAUCUCUAUCAAUCAGUUCUCUAAGUACGGCGGGUACAUCAAGUGUCCUGACAUUAGUUUUAACCCGAUAUGAUCAUGGUCUUCGCAUUAAAUGUUCAGCUGAGAAUGUAGGUUCAGCAAAGAUAGAAUCAGCAACGAAGCCAUUGAUAGACGUUUUAUACGGUCCAUCUGUGACAGAAAUUACAGAUCAGCAGAUUGUAAAGGGCAGGGCAUUUACAUAUAAUUGCUCGGUCACGGUUGGUAAUCCAGCUGAAUUAACAUUUAUUUGGACUCGUAAUGGCUCAAAUGAAACAUGGCACAAUCAACAACUGUAUCUACCUUCAGUACAACGCAAAGACGAUGCUAUUUAUUAUUGUACCGCAACCAAUGAACUUAACCCAACCGAUGAACCGAAUCAGAAUAAGACGGAUUAUAAGAGCUUUCAUCUGGAUGUUUUGUUUGGCGCUGAAAACAUAGUAUUUUACCUGGAACAAUAUCAAGAAUCCAGCAGUUUCAAUGUCACAGAAAGCAGUACUGUGACUCUAAAAUGUUUGCUAGAUAGUAAUCCUGGAUCAACUAUCGUCAUAAGCAAGGACGGAAAUAACAAGCAUACUGUAUUAGAUACGAAGUCGCUGUCAUAUAGUAUCGAUGGUAAAUGUGAUGACGCAGGUGUAUACACGUGCUCAGGAAGUAAUCAGUACGCAGGAAGACUAUCAAAGGACAUUGACAUUCACAUAUUGUGUACACCAAGAGCAGCACCAAAUGUCCAUAUUUCUUACAACGUGUCAAGCGUCCGAGAUGCGAAUGUCACUUUGAGUUUUACAGCCCUUGCCUUUCCACCACUCCAACAAUCAAGCUUUUUAUGGCAGAAGUGUACUAUUUCGGGAUGUGAACCUGUUUUGCGUGAUAAAACAGUGGUCAGCUUCUCUACAAGUGGCUUUGGUAACAGGCUGGGUGAAUGCAAUCUCACUAUAGUUAAUGUACGCGAAGAUGAUUACACAGAGUACCAAAUGACAGUCAAUGGAAUCUCUGACAAGAAAUGGCGUUUCUUCUUGAAUGCAUUAGACAAACCUCAGCCACCGACAGACUUUAUGGUCAUUGUUGAUUACGUGACAAAGACAUCCGCAAAUGCAACUUGGCUAUCUGGAUACAAUGGUGGUCUCCCACAGACAUUUCAGUUACAGAUACGUGAGAGCGGCGAUAGCAAGUGGACUAUACAUUACAUCCAGGAAAACUCAACAAUAAAUACUGGAAACAUGUACUUUGUUGUGAAUGGUUUACAGAGUGGUUUUGAAUACGAGAUGAAGUUGUUUGCAUUUAAUGCAAUAGGGAACACAUCAUCAGUGCACAUAACAUUUUCUACAUUGAACCAUAUGGUUUCAGUUUCGUCCUCAAGUCCAAAUGUAGCGUCUGUUGCUGGUGGAAUAAUUGCUGGCAUUGUUGGAAUUCUCAUUACCGUGCUAUGUGUUGUUCUUAGGAGAUACAAAAUAAAGUGCUUUCUUAAACACGAUCUUUUGGAUAAGGUUGUAUAUGAUACAGCGGAAAGAACUAAUAUUAACAAUGGAGUAUACGAUGAGCUUCAGAAUGUAAACACGAAUGGACUGAGUGAGUGCAGCGUGAGCUUUUAUAACGAACUGGGAAAAGCUUAUGAAAGUUUAGACUGCAGUCUGAGGUAAAUAUAUGGUUGUUUUUCUUCUUUCAAUGGUUAAGUAACGUAUAGUGUAACUAUUUAAAGUGA